GUGGGAGUGGAGGCACACUAAAUAUUAAUUAUUGCAGCAGUUUAGAAGUGUUGAAGGAUGGAGGGGUUUAAAUCUGUGGUGCUAUAACUUGGCUCCAUUUCAUUCGCCCCACCGAAAAUGAAAUGGAAUAUGCAGAUGGAAGAAAUCGAAGCGAUUCUUGAGAAAAUUUGGGAUCUUCACGACAAGCUCAGCGACGCUAUUCACUCCAUUUCUAGAUCCCACUUUCUCACUUCCGUCAAAACCCUCAAAAACUCUUCUCACAUUCACAACACUAACUCCGUCGAUGACCGUUCCGGUUUCGUCUUCGUCAAGGACUUUAGACCCGUCGACGACGAUGACGACUCUGCCGUUCGCGAAGCCAAGAGUCUCAAUGCCAUCAGAACCGCUCUCGAGAAUCUCGAAGACCAGCUUGAGUUCUUCCAUACUAUUCAAACUCAGCAGCGCGUUGAGAGAGAUGCUGCAAUUGCACGUCUAGAACAGAGCAGAAUUGUUCUUGCAAUGAGACUGGCAGAGCACCGUGGUAAAAAAUAUAAAGUCAUUGAAGAAGCUCUUGCUUUUGUUGGAAAUGUACAUGAUGCAAGCUGCCUUGUCGCACCUGAAAUUCUUUAUGGACAACCAAACGGUUCUGCUGAGAAUUUUGUGACUCAGAAAGCGAAGAGAUCUAAUAUCCGUAUCAAUGUUUUUGUCUCAAGUUUCAAUUUUGUGAAGAAAGCACUUGGAUUGGAUCAUAUGGGUGGAAUAGUGGGCAAUGCUGCUUUGGUUGCGGUUAGCAUGAUUGCUUUGCUUCAUUUACAUCAGGUAACCAAUCAUGAGCAUCCAUAUGGACAAGAAAAUAGAGUUCACAGCAACGCAACUGUGAGAAGAACAACUAAAUUGGGGGAUUCUUCAUCCAAUGCCCAUUCCAAUAAUUUGGAUGUAUUGUUAGCUAGAGGUUAGGAUUUUACCUCUAUCUUUAUGAUGAAAUGGGUGGGUUUUAUUUUUUUCUAUUAAGUGUUCUUUUUUCUUUUUUCCUUUUUGCUCUUUUGGUUCUCUUGGUCCUUUUUUCUUUUUCUUGGUUACAAAGGAGGCCUGAGCAGGACCUGGUUUGGGGAGGCUAGGAUAGGCUAAGGUUGAGCCAAAGCUACUUUAGUGAGAUUUGAUCCCUGAAUCAAUCAAUCUUCAAGGGGCAUAGUAGUUGUUCUGUUAAGGUGCAAAAUAUGUAGAUUCAGUUUGCUGGAUUCCCUAUUGAGUUGCAGAUGCUUGAGGUAUUACACUGAGCUGGAAAUUAACACGAGUGCUUCGUUUUCCUUCUAGAUAGUAUCAUAUGUGGUAGAUUGCUAGGUUUUUCUUUUUUGUCGGCUUUAGUUGACACAGUGUGACUGUGAGUGCCUUCCGCUUCAUUUUCCUUCGUUUCUCUUCCUUGUUACAUUCUGUUGUGUGAAUACUUUAUGUUGCAAUGAAGGAAAUAUAUUUGUGUUAUUACCUUU